CUUAAUUUUUAGCCUGUUGAAUCGACGACCGGGGAUGGCGAGAGGGAGCGCGCAGUCGCAGACGUCAACAUCGGCGGGGGGCGGAGCGCGGCCGACCGGGCUGGGACCGCGGGGGACGCCGGCUGCUGCGGCGGGGAUGAGGCGCCGGCGGCUGGGCGGGGGCGGGGCCGGGGCCGGGGCCGGGGGCGGGGGCGGCGGCUUCGCUGGUGGCGGCGCCGGCGGGAGCAACAUGCUUCGGUUCUACACCGACGACGCGCCCGGGAUUAAGAUGACGCCCACGGUGGUGCUCGUGAUGAGCCUCUGCUUCAUCGGCUUCGUCACCGCCCUCCACGUCUUCGGGAAGCUCUACCGCAACCGAGCCGGCGGUUCUUGAUCCGCCGCCUCCCGAUCCGUUGGCUCGCGCCGGUGUGGCUGUUGGUCAAGGUUCACAAUGCAAACGGAUAUAAAAGGGUUGCUGAGAACAUAAUAAGCAGAAUCGUUUUGGGCAUGCAAAGUCUGAUUUUUUGAUAUUGGAGACUGAGAUCCAGAGAUGAGUUGAGUUCUGCCAAUACCCAGUGUCUAAAUAUACUUCAAACAUUAGUAUUUCCUAAUUUGGCUGAGGAGGAGGAAGCAUUUAAUCUGUUUUCAAACUAAAUAGUGUUGCAAAUUUUAUUAUUCUCAUCCUUCCCUUUCUUCUCAAAUUGGCUUUCAGAUCUUUGUAUUUAAGAAAUUUGUCAGCUUAAGUUGGUGAUUUAAUUAUUUGUUGAUAACUCUUUAUCA